UUGCAGAAUUGGUCUCACGUGCUCAGCUACGUCAGCAAGGCCGAGUCCACCCCGGAAAUCGCUGAGCAGCGGGGAGAGCGGGACAGCCAGACCCAGGCCAUCCUCACCAAGCUCAAGUGUGCCGCAGGUCUGGCCGAGCUGGCCGCGCGCAAGUACAAGCAGGCCGCCAAGUGCUUCCUGCUGGCCUCCUUCGACCACUGCGACUUCCCCGAGCUGCUCUCGCCCAGCAACGUGGCCGUCUACGGCGGCCUGUGCGCCUUGGCCACCUUCGACCGGCAGGAGCUGCAGCGCAGCGUCAUCGCCAGCAG